UUGCAGGAUGAGCUCCUGUCUCAGCUGUCUGGACCAAUCAGAGAGCCUCCCAGAGAACAGCCCGCCCCCUUGUCCCGCCUCCAACCCAAUGUGUACCUGGGACACUUCCUGAAACCGUACUUCAAAGACAAGCAGACAGGACUGGGUCCUCCAGCCAAUCAGGAGACAAAGGAGAAGGCCAGUAGGAGGAGGGGCUGUUUGGACGACAGAAAGCUGAAAGUCAAGCGCUGGGAGUCCUGGCAGAAGUCCCUCCUUUUCCACUCAGUGAACACAGAUUGUCUGAAGAGGCUGAUCCAGCCCAAACUGUCCAGGGUGGAGUAUCUGAUCCAGAAGAUGAGUUCAGCCCAGGAGACGGAGAAGGAGCAGCUGAAGGAGCAGGUGGAGGCUCUGGAGAAGGAGGUGGAGCUGCUCAGAGGGAAGAAGGAGGUGGAGCUGGUCGGCGACCGCUACGAAGAACACGAUUGGCAGAAAAUCUGCAACAUCGACUUUGAAGGGACCAGGGACCCAGCAGACCUGCGCUGUUUCUGGCAGAACUUCUUACACCCGUCCAUCAAUAAGUCUCCGUGGAGUCGUCAGGAGGUGCAGCAGCUGAAGGAGGUCAGCAGGAGACACCAGGACCACAACUGGGACCACAUUGCCCAGGACCUGGGGACCGGUAGGACGGCCUUCAUGUGUCUUCAGACCUAUCAGAGGUUCGUCUCAGACUCUUUGAAGCGUCGUCGUUGGACUGAAGCAGAAGACCGACUACUGAGAGAACUGGUGAACAAGAUGAGGAUCGGAAACUACAUCCCCUACACACAGAUCAGUUACUUCAUGGAGGGUCGUGAACCUGCUCAGCUCAUCUACAGGUGGAACCAGGUUUUGGACCCGAACAUAAAGAAAGGACCCUGGAGCCCAAAGGAGGACCAGCUGCUGUUGCGAGCCGUCGCCCGUCACGGAGAACGGAACUGGUGGAAGAUCCGUCUGGAGGUUCCUGGACGGACCGACAGCUCCUGCAGGGACAGGUACCACGACACUCUGAAGGAGGGGGUGAAACGAGGAGGCUUCGAUGCACAGGAGAACGAGCUGCUGCUGAAACUGGUGGAGAAACAUGGAGUAGGUCGCUGGGCCAAGAUCGCAGCGGAGAUUCCCAACCGUUCGGACGCUCAGUGUUUGAGGGCGUGGAAGAGAGCAGUGAGGAGGAGCUUAGCAUCUGCUGCGGUACGCUAACGCAAAG